UUGUAUUGAAUGCCGGAACAGAGAACAUGGAGGAAGCAUGUCGAGUUUGCUUGAGUGAUUUGCUGAACAGAAGCCUAAUAAUGGUCUCCGGAAUGAGAAUUAAUCGUGAUGUAGAAUACUGCUCACUUCAUGAUGUAGUGCGUGAAUUCUGCUUGAGAAAACUCAUAGAAGACAAGUAUAUGCAGCUCGCAGGUGCCAUACAAUCCGUAUCAACAUUUGCAUUCCAAGGAAUCAGGGUUAUGCAUGUAUAUUCAUGAUGAUCUUGUUGAACAAUUAUGGAAUGACCGAUCAAAUCCAACACUCAUGAAUACAUGGAAUAACAUGGAGUUCAUUGCUCAUCCAACACUCAGUACAUUGAAUAACCGAUUAAAUACUUUAUAUUUACUUGUUGAAUUAAGAUAUGUUCGGGCAUUGCAUUUGAUGGAUGUGGAGUUGCCAUAUUCAUGGGUUAAUGCAAUACUACAGCUAACCGAGUUGAGGUACCUUGCACUUUAUGUUGGAAAUUUUGAAUUGCAGUGGAUAUCGAACCUACGCUAUCUCCUAACUCUACAGGUCAAGUCACAUAAGAAGUUAUGCAUAAGGGGUGCUUCUUUUUGGGAAAUGACGAAACUAAGGCAUGUGAAUAUAGAACAUUUUCCUUGGGAGGGGAAUACAAUGACCAAGAAUCUUCAACAACUAUGCUAGAGAACUUGAAGACUUUUCACACUUGCUAUAUAAGUAGGUAUGAUAUUAAUCCAAGGUUUUGGUGGAAGUUUUCAAAUCUUGAAGAACUCAGCCUCCGCAUUAAAUAUGCACCUAAGUUUCCUUUGUUUCCCAUAUCGGAAGUUCAUACUUGCCUUCAUUCUCUUUUUCUGGAGUUUACUUUGACGGAAUUCUGGGAUUCAGUUGGAUGGGAGAGCUACUUUGUCUUCCCUUCAAAUCUUAGGGAUCUGUCCCUAAAUGGUUGUUUCUUGACGAAAGAUAUGAUUUCAAACAUUGCAAGAUUGCGGAAGCUUGAGAGUCUCAAAUUAGAUGGGGGAGCUCCUUUGGUGAGAACAGAGAGCUAUUGUUGGGACGUCAGAAACGUGGAGUUCUCUGCACUCAAAUACUUGAUACUACUUGAUAUGCAGAUGGACGAAUGGAUAGUUUCAGAGGGAUCCUUUCCGGUGCUUGAGGAGCUAGUUAUACACGAUGGUUACUACUUCAAGGAGAUCCCUCCUAGUUUUGUGGAUAUUCCAACACUGCGACUUAUUGAAGUGAUUGACUGUGACGACUCUCUUCUGGUUUCAGCUAUGAAUAUAAAAACUGAAAUAGAAGAAACCUCUGGAUGUGAUCGUCUCCAAGUUCUUAUAUUGUAGGACUACUAAAGCUGAGAUGGUUGAAGAGAUGAAAGCUAAGGAGUUGUUAUUAUUUGAAUUGCAAGCUAAAAUUGUCUGGAUGAUCCCAACAUCAUUCUAGUUCUGAAGUUUGUUUGAAAAGUUUUUCACAUCAUUUAUUGAUCUAUGUUGUCAUGUAUAUUUCAGUCUUGUAAUGUUAUUGUUGAAGUCUAUAUCAGCUAGAGUUAGUUGGUAUGGUGGACAGUAGAGUUAUUGCUUAGCUUGUCUUAUAAUAGAGGUGUUACAAGGGGAAGAGAUUAAGCGUUUAGAUCCUAGGUUACAAGAGUUUGUAAUCUGAAUCUUGGCUGGAUGAUUAAUGGAGUUGUUGCUGAAA